AUGACGAAGCUCGACGGAAGACGUCAGGAGAUAACGAGACAACUCAGCCAAAGCUGCAUUGCCAGAGAGAACGUCUGUAAACUCUCGUACAACAAGUGUUUCCCGAACCGUCAAUUGUCGACGUCGUCGACGAGAUUGGCUCGUGAGAUCCCUAUACCAGAAUUCCACCCGGAAACCCCCAUUGUACCGCUCAUGCCAGUACCCUUACCACAAGACAACCACGAAUUUUGGCGGAAGAUACCCAUGUGGAAGGAUGUUUCCGCCGAUCAGUUUAUGUCGUGGUCAUGGAGUCAAAAGCACCAUGUUCAACUGCAUACUAGAUCGAACCCUGACCGGUUUCGAAGCCUCAUCAGUGAGCUCGUGCCUGAUCACGUACCUUUUGAUAAGAGUAUCGGUCAGAUGCAAAGCAAGGAGGAAUUCAUCGACGAUGUACUUGCCGGCUUUGCCUGCUCCACCAUGUCAGUCCGUUUGAUGCCGUACAUGUUCAGUAGAAUCAAUUGGAACGAUCCUCGACACGACCCCAUCUUUCGCCAAUUCAUACCACUUGGCUCAGUGAUGCUUCCGGAUCAUCCCAUGUGCAAACUAGAUUCCUUACAUGAAGGGAACGAUUCCCCAGUACCAGGUCUGGUACACAGAUAUCCUGAUAAGGCACUUUUUCUAGCAACAUCUAUAUGCCCGACAUACUGCGCUUUCUGCACCAGGUCAUACGGAGUUGGUGCCGAUACCGUAGAACUUGAGAAAAAUCUCGAGUUCAGACAAGGCAGGGCUCGUUGGGAAGCAUGCCUGGCCCAUAUCGCAAAGACUCCCGAGAUUCAUGAUAUAGUCAUCUCUGGGGGCGACUCAUUCUACAUUGGACCGCAGCACAUCAUCGAAAUUGGCUUGCGCUUGAUUAACAUGCCCAACAUCAAGAAGUUUCGUUUCGCAUCCAAGGGACUAGCUGUCAGCCCCGGACGGUUUCUUGAUCCCAACGAUAAAUGGACGGAUGCUCUAAUUUAUGUAAGCCAGCAGGCAGAGAAGGCAGGCAAAAGAAUGUCACUGCAUACACACUUCAACCACCCCAAUGAGAUCUCGUGGAUUACGGAGAAAGCUAGCAAGAGAUUGCGAGAUGCCGGUGUUACGGUUCGCAAUCAGAGUGUGCUUUUGCGGGGUGUCAACGAUGAUGUACAGACCAUGGGCAGGCUCAUCCGUACGCUUUCUGACACCCUAAGGAUUCAGCCGUACUACGUCUACCAAUGCGACAUGGUACCCAAAGCAGAGCAUUUUCGAACACCACUGCGGACGUUGAUCAACAUGGAAGAGGAGCUUACCGGUUCUAUUGCCGGGCACGAUCUUCCCAAGUUCAUUGUGGACUUGCCCGGCGGAGGAGGGAAGCGAAAUGCACAAAGCGGCAAGUUUGACCCGACGACUGGUAUAUCUCAUUUCAAGGCCCCAGCUGUCAAAGGGGGCGAUACGAUUUACACGUACCAUGACCCAGUGAACUCCCUUACCAACACCCAUUAG